AUGGCACGCAAUAAGAGGGAUGUCUCCCCUCGCGGAGUUUCGAACACGGAAUCUGGCCCGACACCCCCAGCCAUCCACCCAUCUUUUAUACAGGUGGCCAACCCGUACAUCUUCGAGCAGACAGUCGGAGACUGCAUCAGUGCCUUGGGAGUCAAUCCCCUGCGCGAGACUUCACUGCGUCUACAGGGUGUGGCGUGGAUCGAUGGCGUGCGGAGAGCACUGAACCUGCCGGUUCGGACUUAUGACACAGCAGUUGGAUACUAUCACCGGUUUCGGUUGGUACAUCCUGAUAAUGAGUACAAUUUCACGGACGCAGCAGCAGCAGCUCUGUUCACAGCGUGCAAGAUCGAAGACACGCUCAAAAAGUCAAGAGAUAUUGUCUGUGCAGCUUACAAUCUGAAAGUCGCGCCUUCAGAGCACCUGUCCGCGGAUGAUCCUGUAAGUCGUCACCAGAUACUAGAACUCCAGACAGGUAAAAUUGACGCCCGUCACCAGAUAUUCGAAGCCAAUGCACGUGGCAUAAUUGGUCUUGAAAGACUCAUGUUAGAAGCUUCUGGCUUCGACUUCCGAACCCGACAUCCCCAAAAGACCCUCAUGAAGCUAGGGCGACACUAUGGAUUACUUCAAAGCUCCGAAGUAUCAAGUCUCGCAUACCGGAUCUCGACAGAUCUAUAUCGCACAUUUGCACCAAUCAAGCAAAGUUCGUCAACAAUGGCUUUUAGCUGCCUCGAGCUCGCAGGACGACUCUUGGAUCAGCGCGUCGAACAAAUCGAGUCUGGAGCAGAUUAUGCGCAGUGGAAUACAAGUCGUGCGGAAGUUACGGAAACCCUCUGCGAUCUCCUAGAACUGUACACACACCACCGCCCACAUACAACCGUCGGCCCAGAGUUCCAACCAGAUCGGUUCUUAAAUGUUCGCAUCCCUCUGAACCAAGAAGCGAGUGAACAGAAUAUCCCUCGUUAUACCUCGUGGAUUGAACCGCAGAAGAAUGGAUCCGCUGUCAAACAAAGACCACUACACCCAUUGACACCCGUUGCUGCGAACGGUGAACGGCAGAGGACGGGUGAGAGGGGUCGUGAUGCUGCUGUGCGGUUUAUGCUUGACCCUGCUUGUGCGGAUGAGGAGAAGAGACAGGUUGCGGCGUUCUUUAAGGUUGAUAUGGAAGAAUAUGAAGAGUAG